GGUUUGCUUUCCAUAAAACGUUAACCAACACAAGUAUGCCACGACCGAAAGGUUCGACAUACGACUUUCUAUCUGUUCUCAUUCCGUUUCCCCAAAAUGUCAACAGGGGCGUUUUUCGUCAUAUGAUAUAAAACAACCUCAAUGUUUGCAUGAAACAGGUGGAAACUGCGACAGAAAAGGAUUCAGGAAUGCCGUUUAUUAAUAAUAAUAAUAAUAAUAAUAAUAAUAAAUCAAACUAGAAUGAGUAAUUUCCCAUUUAAGAGAAGAAAACAAAAAGCAAAGCUAUUUUUCAGUUUGAACAGAAGCCAGGAUCGUUUUUAAUGAGUCAUUUCCUUAAAGGGGGCGCCAUACAAAUAUAGUUUCUCCCUUUAGAGUCCAUUUUGUUACAAAAGAAGACGGUGUAGAACGAAGCUUAAUUCUGUAGUUUAUAAAACACGAGGGAAUGGAUACUUCUGCGCAGGCAGUGAAGCGCCAUGAAGAGGAGGAAUCGAAGGACAGGCCUCAGCUCAGGAAAAGAAACAGCAAGGAAAUACCCUUGAACUUUUCUUUGAGGUUGGUUCUGGUAGGGAAGACCGGGACUGGCAAAAGCGCCUCCGCCAACACAAUCCUGGGCAGGGAAGCAUUCAAAACGGCCUUCAGCGGCUCCUCCGUCACAAAGGAGUGCGAGAAGAGCGAAGGGGAGGUGGCAGAGAGGCAGGUGUCUGUCGUGAGCACUCCUGGACUGUUCGACACCACUCUGUCUGAGCAGGAGGUCAAACAGGAGAUCGGGAAAUGCAUCAACCUGUCCGCCCCGGGACCGCACGCCUUCCUGGUGGUGAUACGCACCGGCCGCUUCACUGAGGAGGAGAGGAGAGCGGUGGAGAAGAUUCAGGAGAUGUUUGGCGUUGAAGCAGCGCGGUACACCAUGGUCCUUUUCACCCACGGGGACAAGCUGGAAGAGACUAUCGAGCAGUACCUCGAGGACUCGGAGCAGGAUCUCCGAGACCUGGUGGGGCAGUGCGGUGGCCGCUAUCACGUGUUCGACAACACAGACGUCGGCGAUCGCACCCAGGUCACGGAGCUGCUGGAGAAGGUAGAGAGGAUGGUGGAGGAGAACGCCGGCAGCUUCUACAGCAGCGACAUGUACCGGCGGGUCGAGGAGAUGAUCCGGCUGAAGGAGGAGGAGCUCAGGAAGGGUUACAAGGAGCAGCUGCGCAGGAAGGAGAGGGAGCUGGAGGAGAAGCACCGCGGGGAGGUGACGCGGCUGGAAGAGAGGAUUCGAGAGCUGGAGGCGGAGGGGAAGCGAAAGGACGAGCGCAUUGGAGAGCUGGAGCGGAGCGAAAAGAGGAGGAGGGAGCUGGAGGAGAAGAACCGGAGAGAGCUGAACGAAUUCAGACGCUUCUACUUGGAGAAGCAGGGGAAUGCCAGGCGAGAGGCAGAGAAGUGUCGCUACCCCUCCCAAACACAGAAGGGAGGAGUUCAAACGAAAGACAUAAAGUUGAAUCUUGUGCUGGUUGGGAGGACUGGAGCUGGGAAGAGUGCAGCAGGAAACACCAUCCUGGGUGAAGAAGUGUUUGAAUUGAGAUUUUCUGGCCACUCUGUGACGACAGCGUGUGAGAAGAAAGAGGGGGAUGUCUCUGGGAGGCCCGUGGCUGUGAUCGACACUCCGGGCUUGUUUUACACAAAGCGGUCUGCUGAUGCAGUGGAAGAGGAGAUUAUGAAAUGUGUUCCCCUGUCUGCCCCGGGACCCCGCGCGUUCCUCCUGGUGAUACAGCUGGGACGAAUGACCAAGGAGGUGAAGGAAACGGUGGAACGAUUUCAGGAGAUGUUUGGUGAGGAAGCUGAGAAGCACACGCUCCUCCUUUACACCCACGGGGAUGAACUGGAAGACCAGACAAUUGAAAAGUUCAUAGAAGACAGUGAUGAGGACUUCCAGCAGCUUGUUGAGAAGUUUGGAAACAGAUACCACGUCUUCAACAACGAGAACAUGAGAGAUCGCACUCAGGUCACCGAGCUACUGGAGAAAAUAGACAGGAUGGUGACAGCAAGCAAGAAUAUUCAAAUCAAAGGAUGGGACAGGAUGGCGAAAGAGGAGGAGUCGACAGAAAAGAAACAGAACAAAUUGGAAAAGAGAAUUGAAGAGGCAAAACCAAAAUUAAAAGAAGGAGAGUUGAAACAGAAAGAAAAGGAGCCGAGUGAACAGAUGGAGAGAGAGCUGGAGGAAGAGAGGAAAAUAAUGGGGGAAGAGUUAAAGAGAGAGCGUGAGGUAAUGGAGAAGAAACAGCAAGAGGAGCAACAAAAGAUGGAGGAAGAGAUGAAACAGAGAGAAAAGGAGCUGGAGGAAAAGAGGACAAGAAUGGAGGAAGAGUUAAAGAGAGAGCGUGAGGCAAUGAAGAAACAGCAAGAGGAGCAACAAAAGAUGGAGGAAGAGAUGAAACAGAGAGAAAAGGAGCUGGAGGAAGAGAGGAAGAGAAUGGAGGAAGAGUUAAAGAGAGAGCGUGAGGCAAUGAAGAAACAGCAAGAGGAGCAACAAAAGAUGGAGGAAGAGAUGAAACAGAGAGAAAAGGAGCCGGAGGAAGAGAUGAAACAGAGAGAAAAGGAGCCGGAGGAAAAGAGUAAUGAUAUCAUAAUGACAGAUGCACCGGUCAUAGCAGGAGGAGCAAUGUUAGGGCUGGUGUUAGGGGUAGGGAUAGGAGCUGUAGCAGUGGGGGGAGCACCUGCAGUGGCAGUUGGAGCUGUAGCAGGAGUGAUCACAGGGGGAGCAGCAGCCAUAGCGGGGGAAAGGGAGGGACCGGGUGUAGGGGCCGGGGUAGGGGCUGUGGUGGGCAUGGCAGUAGGAGGGGCUGCAGCAGUACUACUAGCAGGGCCAGUUCUAGGGGUGGGAGUGGCAGCAGCAGCAGUGGGGGCAGUAAUAGGGGGAGCAGCUGGGCUCAUUCGAAAGGCAAUGGGAGGGAGAGGAGCAGGAGAGAAUCAGAAGAAUAGACCAUGGCACAAGGCUGGAGCAAAAGAGGGUGUACAAACACAAACUCCCAGCUCCUCUGAAAUCAGGAUUGUGCUGUUUGGGAAAACUGGAACUGGGAAGAGUGCCUCAGUGAACACCAUCCUGGGAAGAAGAGCGUUUUACUCGAAAGUCGGCGCCAACUCAGUAACCAAGGAGUGUGUUAAGAGAAAAGGAGAAGUUGCUGGGAGACACGUUGCUGUGGUCAACACACCAGGCUUGUAUGAUACAGAGAUAUCUAAUGAGGAAAUUAAAAAGGAGAUUGUGAAAUGCAUCUCCCUGUCUUCCCCGGGACCCCACGCUUUCCUCCUGGUGCUACAGCUGGGACGAUUCACAGAGGAAGAGAAGAGAACAGUGGAGAUAAUCAAGGAGAGUUUUGGUGGGAAAGCUACAAACUACAUAAUGAUCCUUUUUACCCACGUGGACGAUCUGAACGAAGGGGAGACGAUUGAGCAAUAUGUUAAAGAUGCUGAAGAUGAUCUCAAGCAGCUGCUAAUGGAAUGUGGGUACAGGUAUCAUGCCUUCAACAACAAAGAAAAGAACGAUCGCACUCAGGUCACAAAGCUCAUAGAGAAAAUAGAGGCCAUGAUGACAGCAAACAACAACACCUACUACACCAGUGAGAUGUACCAGCAAGUAAAUGAAAAAAUAGAACAGAGAGUAAUAGAGAUCAUGAAGGAGAAGAAAGAGCAAAUAGACCUGGAGAUAGAGAAGCUGAAGGGAAAGAACCAGCAAGAGCUUCAAGAGAAAAUGAGGCAGAUAGAGGAGGAAAUCCAAGACAAAGAAGAGAGAGAAAUGAGAGAGAGGGCAUUAACCUUAGAGUGUGAGGAAAAACAACAGAGAGAAUGCACAGCAGCACUGACACGUUACAAGCAAAGAGCAAGAAGGGAAGCAGAAAACUCCAGUGCUACAGGGCAACACACAUCGAGAUGGAUGAAAUGGUUGGGCAUUUAAUCGAGCGACAGCCCGAGUGAGCAGGAGGAUGAUGGGAAAUGUAGUCCUGAGAGGCCCACAUGAAGCCAUCUUGAGGCAGGGAAUGCAAUUUCAAAGUUUAAGUGGUCAAAAUGUUAAAUAAAAUCUAAUAAUAAUUAAAACCAUACACACACCUCACGUAAACAGUUGUAGCCACACACACAUGGGAACACGCAACACAAUCAAAUACAAAGUUCUUUAUGUACUCUUUAAACUGUAAUGAUAAAACUCUGGAGACUGAAUCUUUUUCAUGUAAAGUGUUCUGUUGUAAGUUGUGUUAUGUCUAUCAAAUAAACAGAAACAAGUU